UUUCGUGUUGAGUGUGCUGAGGGCUUCGGAGACGUGCAUUCGACUCGUAGCUGUAAAUGCGUCGUUGCUUGAGAUUUUUGUCUCCGAUUUUCUUCCACAAUUCUUUCUCUACAGUCGUAAUAAGAGGCUCUUCUCGAACCAAGAAGUCGAUCUAAGGUGUAGAGUGAUUCUAGAAUCAGCGAAGGACUGAGGACUCGAAGGGAGUCGAGAAGAACCCUGCAGACUGACCAGACCGGACGGACCGUUCCGUCUUCUGCGAGGAUUCUGUGUCUGCUGAUUCAUGCUUUCUCGUAGAACCAUUUCAGUACACAUGAGCGGAACACACUGUGUGACCUAGUCUCAGUUGUAUUAUGAGUGAUGUUAACUUACAGACCGCUGUCAGCAAUGAUACCGGUAAAGGGGUUGGAGGGACGGACGAGGAUGACGGAAAGAAACAUAGAACCGGUUCCACCAGGUUGAGCAGCAGGGGUACGGUCGGUCGUAGUGGCCGCUCCGUGACCGACAGUUCCGGGACGGCGCAACGGUCACACUCUGAUGACACAGACGCCCAGUCCAGCGGGAACGAUUCUCCCGAGAGAGAGUGCGAUGGUCAUGCGGGUCAGGAGGCGUCCACCUGCAGCUCUAACAAUGGAAAGGACUCUGCUAUAGAGGCCACAGAGAGCAAGAGCUCCAACUCGCACAGCCCGUCUCCUCCCAGCAGCUCGGCCGCCUACAGCCUGCUAAGCGGCAGCUCUGAGCAGGACCAGCCGUCCACCAGCGGAUGCAGCAGUGACCAGUCUGCACGCCUGCAGACGCAGAAGGAGCUGCUGAAGGCCCUGCAUGAGCUGAAGAUCCGCGUUCCAGCGGAGCAGCGAGGGAAAGGCCGGUCCAGCACGCUGGCCUCGCUGCAGUACGCUCUCAACUGCGUUAAACAAGUGCGGGCCAAUCAGGAGUACUACCACCAGUGGAGUGUGGAGGAAAAUCAUGGCUGCUGCCUGGAUCUGUCCGCGUUCACCGUGGAAGAGCUGGACAACAUCACUUCAGAAUACGCACUUCAAAACACUGAUACGUUCUCCGUGGCCGUGUCCUUCCUCUCAGGGAAAGUGGUCUAUAUCUCUCCGCAGGCGUCCUCUCUGCUGCGCUGUAAGCCGGAGAGGCUGCAGGGGUCUGUGUUUUCUGAGCUUUUGGCCCCUCAGGACGUCAGCACCUUCUACAGCAGCACAGCCCCCUGCCGCCUGCCUCCGUGGGCCUCCUGCACCGGCACUGCCUCCCCGGUGGACUGCGCUCAGGAGAAGUCCAUGUUCUGCCGAAUCAGCGGCGAGAGAGAGAGCGGAGGAGAGCUGAAAUAUUAUCCGUUCCGGCUGACGCCGUAUCGGCUGAUUCUGCGGGACUCGGACACGUCUCAGCCCGAGCCGUGCUGUCUGCUCAUCACCGAGAGGGUGCACUCCGGAUACGAGGCACCACGAAUCCCUGCAGACAAAAGAAUCUUCACCACCAGCCACUCUCCGAGCUGCCUGUUCCAGGAGAUUGAUGAGAGAGCCGUCCCGUUGCUGGGUUAUCUCCCUCAGGACCUGGUGGGGACGCCGCUGAUGUUGUGCCUUCAUCCUGAAGACAGACCGCUUAUGGUGGACAUUCACAAAAAAAUUGUACAGUAUGCCGGUCAGCCUAUUGACCACACGCCCCUGCGCAUGUGUGCACGGAGUGGGGAAUAUCUGACCAUGGACACCAGCUGGUCGUCCUUCAUCAACCCCUGGAGCAGGAAGGUGGCUUUCAUCGUGGGACGGCACAAAGUCAGAACGAGCCCCCUGAAUGAGGACGUGUUCACGGCCCCUGAGGAAGACGAGGUGAGGCCGAUGUCUCCGGAGGUUCCUCAGCUCAGUGAGCAGAUCCACAAGCUGCUGGUGCAGCCGGUCCACAGCGGCGGCUCGCAGGGCUACAGCAGCCUCGGCAGCAGCGGCUCCCGCGAGCUCCAUCCCAGCGCCGCCUCGUCCAGCGACAGCACCGGAGCCGCCGCAGAGGAGCCGCCACACUCCAACAAACUGACCUUCCAGCAGAUGUGUAAGGAUGCGCACAUGUUGAAGACCAGCGGACAGCAGGUUUACACAGAGUCGCGAAACAGACCUGCACCUCGCAAACAGGCCAGCUCAGUAGAUAUGGUAAAGGCUGCUGAAGCAGAGAGCACUUCCAGAGAGAGCCAGCAGGUGGCGACUCUUAGUCCUAAAGCACAGGCUUCCACACAGCUACCACGAAAAGAGCUCCCGGCCACCUACUCGUACCAGCAGAUCAACUGUCUGGACAGCAUCAUCCGUUAUUUGGAGAGCUGUAAGGUUCCCAACACGGUGAAGAGGAAAUGUGGUUCUUCCUCCUGCACCACGUCCUCCACCUCUGACGACGACAAGCGGAGAGAGGCAGCAGGACCAGCUAAAGACAUAGUGGAGACACUGGAGGUGGCCGAGGGAUCAAAAGUGGUCCCUGCUGAGCCGACUCACCCCCUGACUCCUCUGGCUCUACACUACAAGGCCGAGAGCGUGGUGUCUGUGACUUCCCAGUGCAGUUUCAGCAGCACCAUCGUCCACGUCGGAGACAAGAAGCCACCAGAGUCAGACAUUGUAAUGAUGGAGGAGCCUCCAACCACCCCGACUCCUGCACCAUCUACCGCAGCCCUCCAAAACCCCACCGCGUCUCCCACAGGGGUGACUCCGCUGCCUGCUGCCUCCCCCAGCCCUGCGGAGAAGGAGAAGGAGAAAGAUAAAGAGGGGAGACGAGGGGGUGGAGGAGUGAGCAGAUGGGGGCUCACUAAAGAAGUGCUGUCCACUCACACUCAGCAGGAGGAGCAGGCCUUCCUGAACCGCUUCAGAGACCUGAGCCAACUGCGGCUGAUCCAGUCCAGCCCGACCCAGCAGAGACAAGCGGCCACACCUGCGGCGAAAGGUGUCCGCAGUUCCCAGGACUACCCAGCAGGUGGAGGUAGUGGGCGGCGGCGGGGCAGAGGAGGCAAAAGACUCAAACAUCAAGCCGAGGGCUCUUUCCCCGACAGCCCGGCCCUGUCCACGUCCGGGCCUAGCAUGCCCCCUAGAUCGACAGCAGACGGUCCAAGUGUCCCAGCUUUCCCCAGCAGUCAGCACCUUUCUGCGGGGGCUCAGUCAUCCUCCUCCCCCUGGCCAACUUCCGUGGGCUCCCAGGCUAGCGGACCACCCAUAAUGACCUCAUAUCCUCCCGGCUGCACGCCCUUCUACUCCCUGUACCCCCCAUUCCCUGUCCCGCAGGUGGAGGUGGACCCGAGGAUGCAGGCGGCGUUUUCUUGCCCCCAGCCAGGCCCAAGAUUUCCACUGCAAGGUUCUCAAAUGUUCCCCUCAGUGGUUCCUCCGGUUAUGGCCUUUAUCCUGCCUAACUGUAUGUUCCCUCAGCUUAAUGGUCCUAAUGCUGCAAUGCAACAGCUUGGACAGGCCAUGCCCCUGCCCACCCAGCUCAACCCCCAGUUCAAUCCAGCAUUGUCUCAGAUUAGCCCUGCUGUGGCUAAUUUUAACCCCACUUUGGGGCAGUUUAACCCGCUAGCCCCCCAGCUCAAUCCCACCCAGCCUUUAGCCGUACCUCAGCAAUUCUACAACCCCAACCUUCUGUUUGGAUUCCAAAACGGAGCUGCUGUACCUGCCCCGCCUCCCCCAGCAGCCCCGCCCGCCCGCGGCCCCUCUCGCUCCAGCACCCCUCAGUCCACCGGCCAGCCGGCUCCGGACCGCGAGGGGGCGGGGUCUCCUCUCUUUCACUCCCGAUGCUCCUCGCCUCUCAACCUGCUGCAGCUGGAGGAGUUGCCGAGCAACCGUACCGAUGUCACACAGCAGACCCCGCCCCCAGGGGGAGGGGCCACCCAAGCAGCACAGACCACCGGGACCCGUAGCAGCUCUAAAGACGCCGUGAGUGAAGAGGCUGAAGUCAACGAGUCCAACCAGGACGCCAUGUCCACCUCCAGUGACCUGCUGGACCUGCUGCUGCAGGAGGACUCUCGCUCAGGAACGGGUUCGGCUGCCUCGGGCUCAGGGUCCUCGGGAUCUGGCUCCGGAUCCUCCGGCUCUGGAUCUAACGGCUGUAGCACGUCAGGAAGUGGCACUAGAAGCAGUAAUACCAGCAAGUACUUCGGCAGCAUAGACUCAUCAGAGAACGACCACGGUCACAAGCAAGCAUCAGGGGGCUCAGGAGAGGAGCAGUUUAUUAAAUACGUCCUCCAGGAUCCGAUCUGGCUCGUCAUGGCCAACACAGACGAGAAAGUAAUGAUGACCUACCAGAUGCCCAAAAGGGACAGGGAGGCGGUGCUGCGAGAGGACAGAGAGGUUAUGAAGACUGCCCAGAUGCAGCAGCCACACUUUACUGAGGAGCAGAAGAAAGAGCUGAGUCAGGUCCACCCAUGGAUCCAAACCGGCUGCCUCCCCAAAGCCAUCAAUAUCACUUCCUGCAGAGGGUGUGGUUCCCCUACAGAAGCCUCCUCUGCCCCACCAUUUGAUGUGGAGCUCCACGACAUGGAUCUCACCAGGAUCCUGAGGGAAGAGAGUGAUCACAUUACCGCGGUCACGGCUGAUUCGGCGCUUCCCGACAGCCCGCAGUCAUCAGAAACGGCUCAGAGAGAAGCUCCGGCUGACACGAGUAACACAAAUGCUCGGGAUGAGGCUGUGAAGGAGGCAGAGGUGACGUCAUCGUCAUCGUCAGUGGAAGUGAAACAGGACUGAGCGCUGUUUCACUGAUUUGCCAGUUAUUAGAUCCAGCUGCCGUAUACCUACACCUGUUGGCCAUUUUAUCAGAAGCACUCACCACGUUGUAUGUUUGCAGUUGCAGACUGUAGCCCAUCAAGUCUUAUCAGCACCCCUACAGUGUCUAACUGCUCACCCACAAGGUGGCGCUGCAGGGCUGUAAAUGCACCUGCAUGGACCUGAUGGCCAGUGAAACACCGAAAUCAAUGCACUUCGUUCUGUAGGCUGACUCAGAGGACGACGGCCCAGUCUCAUUUCUUCUUUUUACCCCUACCCCUUGUUUUCGAGUGUCACCCUAACCCCUUGGAACUGAGUUACAAGGGGUUACCCCUCUAUCUUAACAAGAAUCGGGACACCCUACCCCUAGACAUGAACGUGCAAAACAGAGGGCUAAUGGCGAAGUGGUGGGGCGAGGGGUGAAAUGGGACUGGGCCAACGUGUGAUUGCCUUUAGAUGGCUGUGUCGUUGACCAGAGUUUAGUUGUGUGUCGUUGGUAUUGUCUUAAAUGUAUCAUCGUCCUAGUCAGUAGAAAAUGUAAAAUAAAUAAUGUGAUAUUACUUUGAGAUCCGUUUAAGGACAAUGCAUUAGAAACACUUACUUUUUUGUGGUUUGUUCAAGUUUUCUAUCUAAGUUUCAGUCUUUUUUAUGCCAUUUCUGCAUUUUUUUGUCGAAAAAAAUAAUGAUUGUAUGCACCAAAGACAAUCUAGAAUAGGCACAUUUUAUUUGAAAUUGAACUCAUGCACAUUGACCGUAUGUGUGUGAUUUUUGUUUAUUCUAAAAUGUGGUGGUGUUGAUCCUGUCUGUGUGUUUUUUUUUUUGUUUGUUUUUUUUUUAUGCACAGUUUAGAGCUGCUGUAUAUCCUGCCGACCAAAUCCAGAAUAAUCCACCUAUUUUCUCCUGUCUAGAUAAAAAAUAUGCAGUUUGUAAUGGUUUGUUUUGUAUUAUUUGUCUGUUUUCGGACAAAAGGAGCAGAACUAAGCCUCCGAUUUGCGAGGAGCUGAUCUGGCCGUUCCUAUGGAAACGCGGUAAUCUUGCUGGGUGGACAUUAAUCGUGUGUAAACAGAAAGAAAAAAACCCAGCACAGUGUGCCUGAGGUUCAGAGCGAUUUCAAGACUUUAGCCGACGAUGCUGAUUCCUUAAUUCUUCUGAAUGAGCGUCUGUUGGCUGCGUUUCACUCCCCCGAGUUUGAAUGCUGGGGCUUUCGAAAAGCUUGUCUGUGAAAACAGUCGGCUUCCAAUCAGUUUACAUGCAGUAGAUGGUCUUGAUAGGAGCUUCUCGGAACAGGACAGUCUCUUUUACGCCACGUUGGGUCAACUCUUGCCACGUGGGUCAGACUUUUAUUGAAGGAACACUUCAGUGGAUGUCAACUUCAUCUCUACCUGCUGCAUCUGUAGCUUACGGUCAUAAAACAAUGUAACAGACCAGUAGAGGUCAGUGGGCAGUUGCUUCUGCAUGUAUAUAAUAGAAGCCAGUGAGCAGCUGCCCAUCGACUUACAUUAAAGCGUGUUUGGAGUGAACAGAUUUUAUAUUAUUUUCUAAGUGCAGGAAAACAUAACGACUUUAUUAUCUGUGGUAAUGACUAUUAGUUACAAAUGCAGCAGAUAUUAAAGAGGUAUAAAAAUACCGAAGUAUUCCUUUAAAACAGUGAUUUACAGAGGAUUCCUCUCUAUUGUUUCAUUUAAUAUUCAAAUAAAUAAAUGUUGACAGUUGAACAAA